AUGCCUGAUGGAACAUCUCUUACAGACGGCGCGACUACAUUGCAAAGCCUGCCCGCUCGUGACAACGUCACUCCAGUCAAUCCGACAUCCUCGACAACGGCUGGGUCGCGGAUACUGGGAGGCAGCAACGCAAUCGAGGGCGCUUUCCCCUACCAGGCUGGACUGUGGAUGAGCGGCAGCAGUCGGCCGUUCUGCGGCGCCACCAUCGCUGACGCUAACAAUCUCGUCACGGCAGCCCACUGUGUCCUCUACAGCAACGGAGACGUAAUACCCGCCAAAUAUCUGAGCGUGUCAGUGGGCAGCGUGCACAUCUCGUCCGGCUCCAGAGUGAAGCUGUCCGCAGUCUUUGUCCACUCCGAAUACAACCGCACAACAAACCAGAACGAUAUCGCUGUUCUCAGGAAUGGGCGAACUUCAAAUGAGCUGAAGUACGUGACGGUGAAUGUGACGGACACAGCGAUUUGCCGCACGAGGCUACUCGUACUGGAAGGAAUGCUGUGUGCUGGAGGAGUGAGCAACCAAGACUCCUGCCAGGGAGACAGUGGUGGGCCACUCGUGUGUAAUGGUUCACUUGCAGGAAUAGUCAGCUUUGGCUACUACUGCGGUCUGCCAGGCUACCCUGGCGUGUACACCGACGUGUCCAAAUUUGGCGACUUCCUCAACUAUUCGCUGACCAGAGCCGGCGCCGCGUCAGUGACGUCACCAGGCUACCAGACGCUGGCCGUCAUUGGCUCCAUCGUAGCCACGUGGGCAGCGUGGGGAGCGGCCAGCCGGGUCUAA